GUUGUACAGAGGUCGCUGGGGGCUGGGGAGAGAAGGGGCGGGACUGGCAGAAGGAAGGGCAACGACGAAGCGGCCUCUCCGUCAGCCUCUUCCCUGCGCAGGUUCCAGGGCUUGUACGCGCAAGCGCUGGGGCGGGGAGACAGACUUCUUAAAGAAAAAAAAAAAAAAAAAAAAAAAGUCAGUUCGCUCCCUUCCCGGUCACCUGAGCUCCCGGAUAGGCGACGCGGCGGACGCGGCGGACGCGGCGGACGCGGCGGCGCAGACCCCGCACCACCACCCCGAGCUGUCCUGGGGACCCGUGACUCUUCUCCCCGCCCUGCCAACCCAUUCCCUUCCAAGGUUCCCCGGGCCUAUCUCCUGCCCUUCCCCAGCUCGACGACCCGGGGCGGGGGUCUGUGACCAUGGCCUCUCUUUUCAAGAAGAAGACUGUAGAUGAUGUAAUAAAGGAGCAGAAUCGAGAGUUACGAGGCACACAGAGGGCUAUAAUGAGAGAUCGAGCAGCAUUAGAAAAACAGGAAAAACAGCUGGAAUUAGAAAUUAAGAAAAUGGCCAAGAUUGGUAACAAAGAAGCCUGCAGAGUUUUAGCUAAACAGCUUGUGCAACUGAGGAAACAGAAAACUAGAACUUUUGCUGUAAGUUCAAAAGUCACUUCUAUGUCUACACAAACUAAAGUAAUGAAUUCUCAGAUGAAGAUGGCUGGAGCCAUGUCAACUACUGCAAAAACAAUGCAGGCAGUUAACAAGAAGAUGGAUCCACAAAAGACAUUACAAACAAUGCAGAAUUUCCAGAAGGAAAACAUGAAAAUGGAAAUGACUGAAGAAAUGAUCAAUGAUACACUGGAUGACAUUUUUGAUGGAUCUGAUGAUGAAGAAGAAAGCCAGGAUAUUGUGAACCAGGUGCUUGAUGAAAUUGGAAUUGAAAUCUCUGGAAAGAUGGCCAAAGCACCAUCAGCUGCCCGAGGCUUACCAUCUGCAUCCACAUCAAAAGCAUCUACAAUCUCUGAUGAAGAGAUUGAACGGCAACUUAAAGCAUUGGGCGUAGAUUAGUUGAAAUGUAUUUAUAUGUGUUAAUGAUUUACAAUCAGUAUAAAACUGGCACAACGGAGAUUCUUUUUACAAGAUUUAUUUAUUUUGCAGAAAAGACAGUCAAUGAAGUUUCAAUCCACA